GUUUUUAUCGGACGGGCAGAGUCUUCGCAUCGCAAUUGUGACAUUAGUAAUGGAUCGUUGGGCAGGAAAAGUAGCCAUAGUAACCGGUGCCAGCUCGGGCAUCGGUGCUGCCAUUGCCAAGGAUCUGGCCAAAGCCGGAAUGGUGGUAGUUGGAUUGGCUCGUCGCGUGGAACGCGUUGAAGCGCUCAAAUCGGACCUUCCGGAUUCGAUUAAGAGUCGAUUGCACGCGAUCAAGUGCGAUGUUUCCAAGGAGGAAGAUAUCCUGCAAACGUUCAAAUGGGUCGAGGAGAAGCUCGGUGGAGUGGCCGUGCUAAUUAACAACGCCGGUGUCGUUCGGCAAACGGAUCUGCUGGAAAAGGGUAAUACCCAAAAGCUGCGAGAAGUGAUGGAUACAAAUGUGAUGGGAUUGGUGAUGUGCAGUCGGGAAGCUUAUCAAUCGAUGAAGAACCGUUCCGUCGAUGGACACAUUGUCCAUAUCAACAGUAUUGCUGGUCAUAAAGUGGUCGAUUUCCCUCAGCUGAAUAUCUACUCUGCGUCCAAGCAUGCAGUUACGGCUAUUACGGAAACGAUGAAGAACGAGCUGAGGACUGCGGGAACCAAGAUUAAGGUUACGAGCAUCAGCCCGGGAGCCGUUGAAACCGAAAUCCUACCGGAAGCAGUUAAAAAGGCAGACUUUCCCCUACUGGAAGCCGAAGACAUUUCGAAUGCUGUUCUCUAUGUGCUGGGAACGCCUCCACGGGUACAGAUUCACGAAUUGAUGAUCAAACCGGUUGGAGAAAUUUUUUAGAUAUUAAAAUUUGAGAACUUGCUACUACUGGGUUUUCGGUUCUUUCAGUCUG